AUGACCUAUGAGGAUUACUCUUUUUAUGAAACAACGACAUCUGCUAAGCUUGCUGAAGGAGAACAAAAACUGAGUGAAUCGAUCCUUAAAGCCCUGGAUCAUUUUAAACAACCCAACCCUGAAGGGUUACCAGGAUUAGACAUCCAAGAUCCAUAUUUAAUACCUGAUAUGAAACAAUCUGUUGGAUUUGGAGCCAGCCUGACUUUUACGGAAACAAACCUUUAUGGCAUAAGCAAAUUCCGCGUCCUGUACAUUAAAACUGAAAUCGAAGAUAUGGAGUGUCGUGCAGCACUUGUUAUGGACAAAUUACAGAUUCGUGGAAAAUAUAUACAUAGAGCGUGGUUCACCUCUACGAUGGGAGAGAUAACAUCUAAUGUCACUGAUAUAAAGGCCACAGCAAUCACAACUUUAGGAGUAGAACGCGAUGGAAAAUUAAGAGCACAAAAUAUAUCACUGGAUAUCACGUUCCAAAAUAUUGUUGUAAACAUUGAGAAUGCAGGUUUAUUGGCAACAUUGCUUUCGGGACUAGUGAAUUCUAUGGGAUCUUUUCUAUUUGAAUCCAUAAAACCUGUUCUACUUCGAGACGCACAAUCUAAUAUGAGACAAGAGAUCAAUAAAAAACUAGAUGAAGUCGUUGGAGACAUAGAGUUUCCGAAUACAAUAUCUCCUGUAGACAUGGUUAUUAUAGAUGCUAGAAAAAAACUAAGAGAUAUGAAGAUGGAUCCGUUUAAGGUUAAUGACUAUAAUACUUCUACCAAUAUUGUUGACGUGAGACUUUACAAUACAUGGAUAACGGGUUUGUCGUCUUUAUAUCGAGUUGGAAAUACAAGCCUUUAUUUAGAGAAUAACACUGUAGUUGCAGAUUUUAGCAUUAGAACACAAGAAAUAAAGGGAUCCACUUUUUGGGAACUUAAAGGGCUUGGUGGUUUUGUAUCUCAGGCGGGUAGUUCUUCUUUUUCAAUAAGCUAUAUACAAGGACGAUUUAUACUGGCUCAACCGUUGGAUACAAGGCAGAGAAUGGAAUUUAGGGAUUUAGAACUGGAACUUGGGAACAUACAAGUUGGUAGCGAUGGUGCAGGAACUAUGGAUUACAUAAUUGAGUUUUCAUUAAAUAUAUUACCAACCCUUUUGAGGUAUCAAAUAAUAGAUGCUGUUAUUAAUCCUUUCAAAUGGAAAAUACAACAAGAAUUAGAUGGCAUUAACAUAGAAGAUGUGCUAAUAAAUGAACUGCCUAAAAUAGAUAAAAUACAAGCUGAAGGUUUUCAGUUAGCCGAAUUAAGAAAGAUUAAUAUAACAGACGAAAUAUUUAAUGCAGAUGAUUUUUUUAACUUUUGA